AUGCAUGCAGGCAAAGUUUCCGAAAGCGGGAAGCCCCAUGCAAACAAGGUGAACGCCAAGAGGCGGUGGCAGAAAGGCGUCGAAACACCAAACUUUCCAGAACGCGUCGGCCUUCCAUCUGCUCCCCUCCUCAACCACACCGCCACCGCCCACACGACACCAAACCAGCGUCGCGACCUUGCGCAACAGCGCCUUCACCUCAAAACCACAUCCCCACAACACCCCAACACAACCGCAAUCAUGGCGCGUAACUCGGAAAAGGCGCACUCGAUGCUCUUCCGCUUCCGCGCCGCACAAGCCGCCGAAGCCGGCAUCAUCGACAUCUCGCGCACACGACGCCCCAAACUCAUAACAUCCGUGACGUCGAUCCCCGUGUGCGAGAAAUGGCGCGGCCAGGUGCUCAAAGAGAUCAGCCGCAAGGUGACCAAGAUCCAAGACGAGGCGCUGUCCGACUACCAGAUCCGCGACCUCAAUGACGAAAUCAACAAGCUUAUGCGCGAGAAACACAUGUGGGAGAGCCAGAUACGGAACCAGGGCGGGCCAAACUAUAUGCGCGGAGGACGAGUGUUGGAUGAGGAUGGUAAAGAGGUGCCGGGGGGUGGUAAGGGGUAUAGGUAUUUUGGGCGCGCGAAGGAGCUGCCGGGCGUGAAAGAGCUGUUUGAAAGACAGCAGAGGCCUGAGGAUGACGAUGCGAUAAAGCAGGGCAGGGAAAAGAGGAGCGAGUUGAGGCAGAGGGUGGAUGCGGGGUACUAUGGGUAUAAUUUGGAUGAGGAGGAUGGCACGCUGCUGGCGUAUGAGAAGGCGAAGGAGAAGGAGGCGUGGGAUGAUUUCAUGCAGCUUGGAGAUGAUCUGGGCGAGAGCAAGGGUCAGAAGGAGUGGGUCGAGUUGCCUGGUGAUGCGGGCGACGGGGUUAGGUGGAGGGUGCCGACGCUCGAAGAGGUCAACAAUGAGCUUGUUGAGAGGAGGAGAAGGAAGUUGCUGGAGAAGCUGGGCGAGUGA